UACUUUUCGCUUUCAGAUGAGCUGGGGUCUGGGCUGUUGUGUUAAUUACAAUGGGAGGAGCCGCGCAGCUCAGCUCAGUCUCUGAAUCUUUUUGUGCCCGAGAUUUCUGUUUUCCGUGGUGACUUUUUGAAGAUGCUUUAAAGCCAAAACCCUGGCUUUCUUCCGGAUCUAAGCAUCUCGCGUGUUUUACCCGUUUAUCCAACUGUGUACCUUAAGCUUAAAAUAAUAUAGAACUAGCCAUGGAAUGGCGCAACGAUUCACGGACCAGUCGCCACCGAGAGAGCGACAGAGACGAUGUCACUGACGCGAGUCCGAGUCCGCAGCCUGAGAAAGAGCUUGCUACGAAAGUGCUCGUUAUUCAGUCAAAGCGCUUCUACUUGGAUGUGAAAGAAAACAAGCGUGGGAGGUUCAUCAAGAUCGCUGAGAUCUCAGCGGAUGGAAGGAGGAACCAGAUUUUCUUCGCUCUGUCUACCGCCGGGGAAUUUCGCGGGCAGUUGACCGCAUUUAGCGACUUUUACUCGGGACUCGGACCCCCGAAUCCCGAUCACGGUCCAGAAGAUGGGAAGCUCAAGUCGGAGUCGAUUUCGAAAGACAACCGCCGUUAUUAUUUAGACCUCAAGGAAAACGCUCGUGGGCGAUUCCUGCGGGUUUCGCAAACUGUGGCCCGAGGUGGUCCCAGGGCGCAGAUUGCGAUUCCUGCUCAAGGAAUGAUUGAGUUCCGGGAUGCCCUGACGGACUUGCUUGAAGAAUUUGGCACUGAAGAUGGAGCUGCCAGCAAAGACGAUUUACCGGAAGGAAAGCAUCUCAAGGUGGAGAACAAGAACUUCUACUUUGACAUCGGGCAAAACAGCCGUGGUGUCUACAUGCGCAUCUCUGAGCAGGUGAAGACAAACUUCCGGACAUCAGUAACCAUCCCGGAAAAGUCGUGGUCGCAGUUCCGGGACGUGUUCACCGAGUAUGUGGACAAGAUGAAGGAUGGUGUGUUGAACGUGGGCGACAGUGCAAAGAACUGACUACUCUCCAGUUUCCGGCUCGUGCAGAAAAUAGAAUCUAGCGCAUUUCCUGUGUCGUCUCACCAUUUGGUCCUGUGAUAAAAGAAUCGUCUCUCGCUUGAAAAAAAAAUUCUCGUCCCUCCCUUGUCUGCCAAUUUUUAUUACGUUGGUGUUAGUGCGGUAUGAAGAGCAAUUUUUAGACACGUAAGUUCGAUGAGAUGGGAUGUAAUGUAAAGAAGGAGUUUUUUUUAGACGAACGGGGUUCUUGUGCCACGGGACCAUGGGUGAGGAUGACUGCGGGAAGAUAUGCGCUGUAGAUGCGAGAUUGGGUGGUGAAGAAAUUCUGGCGGCUCUCUGAAAAAGAAAGACGAAAGAAAGAGAAAGACGAGGAAUAGUUCUAGUUUAUUACUUGUUCGUUUAUAUCCGAAAGAGAAAGAAGAAAAACCCCUUUUUUUCGCGCGUUGGAUACCGAGUCUGUGAUGGGAAUGAGCUGAUUGAAAAAGGGCUCCAUCGACCCCGGUUUUAGUGCAGCGGACUUUGCUUGGUUCCCAGUCAGUGAGUAUGUAUUACCCCGGUGAAGGAAUAGCUUUGGUCUUGGAGGCAUUCAGAGGUGCACAGUGUUGGGCCUUUGUGUCUCUGUGCCUCGUGGUUCAAGCCGCCCAGCGUCGACUCGGUUUUGUUUGUGGUUUUUUUUUUUUUUUUUCUGCCAGGCAUUUGGUUGCUGUAGCCCUCGUCUUGUUUGCCGGGCUCAGGACGCGCCCGGGCGACUUGCAAAUAUUUUUUGACGGACGCGUGAAUGACGUUUUUUGUAGCUUCUUUUGGGGACGGAGGAGUUUGGAGGGAUGAGAAUGCUGGUGCAAGAUGCAAGCAAUUCUAGCUUUGUUCAAGGUUCUCUUUGGAAGUGAUUCGGCGACUGGAUGAUUGUUACUUGGAUGGAUAAAAGAUAACCUUGCGCAAGUGAAGAAACCCACCCUCCUGCAUCGCUUGAUACGAUUUUUCCUACCUGAAAAAUAUCGCAUGGAGCAGCGUUCCCCGAUCCGUGGUCCGCAGGAAAUGUUCUCUAGUUCAAAAUAAUUAAUCAGAAGUAGCAAUGAAGGAUGAUACAGUAUCUUUAUCUGAAAUUUUUUAAGAUGAUGGCAGUUGAAAUUAUCUAAUGAAAAAGAAAUUUUGGCUUUCCUCCCAGUAACACUUACGACAAAUGUUUAACAACAAAGUAAAUUCUAAUUUUUCAUUCUGAGAAACCUUUCUUCAAACCCCAUUUCUAAUAUUUUGAAGAUAUUCCACCAUAGCUGCUUCAUUAAUUAUUAAUUUUUUUCAAGUGCAGAAACUUUUGGAAUACCUGCCAUAAACUCUUUUAAGCAAAAUGUUUUUGAUUUUGUCAAAAUUUUAUGAAACUGCACUGCAGAAUUGUUUUGGGAAAUUUGCCAGUCUGCGGGCCCAAAAAGGUUGGGGAUCACUGACCUAGAGGUUUUUCCUGUCUGUGUCACUAAGAAAAGUAUUGUAUUUAAUCAAGUACCAUGUUUAACUUUUUUUGCAACAAAAAAAAAAAGAGGUGCGCAUCACAGUUGGGCAUUAAUUUUCACAUUUUUCAAAUUUCUCUUCUAGAAUGAUUCUAUGCUAAGCGCAUGAGGUAUAAACAUCAACAUUAAAUUGGACUUUUGUACAGAUUUUUACCCGGUGUAGUUUUUAAAACAUGCAUUUUGGGAACUGAAAAAAAGGUGUUUGUCUAAUUCAGGGAAUCAUUGUUUUUCAAAAUUUGAGCUAAAAAGGUGUGUGUGGUACUUGAGUAAAUACAAUAAUCAGCACAGAUGAAAA